CGGGGUCAACAGAUAGGUACCAGCCUCCCGUUCAAAUGAGAGAGGUUCUUGAAAUCCGGCUCGGUUAGGGUAGACAGACCUAGUGACAAGAGCUUCGCCCCGAUCAGCUUUUUUAAAAACUGAAAUUUAGAUGGCAGAUCAUAAGCUAAAAUACGGAUCGAGCGAGCAGGCAGGCAAAAGACAGACAGUCAAUCGACUCUGGAUCAGAAACGGAUUAGGCUUCAUUGGAAUUUUAAUCAUAGAAGUGGUUUUGUGCUUCAUAAUGACU